CCACUUCCAAAAGCCCGUUUAGACACAGUUUGGUGUCAAACAACCGCAGAAAAACCUCGAUUCUACAUAUCUUGCCUCAGUGAUAGCAAUUGGCUCCUGUCCGUGAACAUGUAUGCUACUCGAGUUUUGGCUAUGAGGGCUUCUCGCCCCGUCUUUCGGCCUAUCCCGAAGGAAGAACAGAGUGCUCACACCAUCUCUCAACGUCUACGGACCUUGAAGAAGAUUCCUCCGGAAUUACUUCCUCUUGGUUUCGUCCUUUGGUAAGCGUCGCAGUCGGCGCCGGCAUCUAUUCCAGCAUCAGGAAGUUUAUGACGGAUAAGACCCUUCGCCUAAGCCGCUCAAAGCCAGAGGAUCACUGAGAUUUGGUCGGGAAACCUGGGGUUCCAGGCGGGUUCUUGUUCGAGAGAGGCGGUAUUUGGAAACACGCACCAGCAAUCUUCAAAUGUGUAUUGUUAUGCGGGGAGAGAAGCGCCGGUGGUACUUGUUGUAAAUAUAGCAUUCCACGCAUGACGGAUGUAGCAAUGGUGGAUCAAAAUCCGAGUUAAUCGAAAAUCUGAAGCGCCA